AUGCCUUCCUAUCUACGAAGCGCCCCCCGUUCCUACUCCUUCCCACCCUGGGUCGAGAACGGCAACGAGGACACACAUGAGAACGACCUUCCAGACAUCGACGAAGACCCCUUCUCGCACUUCAUCUCACCACCAAUCACUGAAGCUGAUGACCCGUACGAACUGUCUCUCAGCGCUGGCAUUGACUUCCAGGAAGGACCACGCGCAACUAAGUCUUCCAAGUUCAAGUCCAACGUCGCCAACAAAUGGGCCCGAUACGUCAAGCACAACCACAGCCAGCUCCACAACCAGUACCAUGCACCUACCAUCUAUGAAGAAGAGGAGGAAGAGUCUUUCAUGGGUCUUGAUGACGACCGACUGAACGACACACCACAUGUCGUGUCUCAACUCAGCCCACCACGAAUUAGGAUCACUGAACCAUCUCGAGGUCGCGCACAGGAUCUUGCAACUCGCAAGCAGCAAAAUCGUCGCCGCUACUCGCGCACACUAUCUGGUCAUCGUCACUCAUGGCGGGAACCCAGCCCGGAUCUAUUCACUGUAGACGAAUCUGAAGAGGAGGAUGUUCCUGCGCUACGACGCGCAAAAACAAGGAAGCCCAAGGAGGGCGCAGAACGACGGAGGUCGUCGACACGAUCAAAGUCAAGAGCGAGAGUGGACUCGGUGACAGGAGAGUCAAUUUUGUAA